ACUCUUAAAAAAAUAAAGGAAGAAAGAGGUUGACUCUAAACAUCCAGAGGAAGUUGGGAGCAGAAACAGGACUGAAGGAAGGAUGACAGGGGAAAGACGAGGCUAGCUGAUUGAAGUCACAUCAGACACGUCUGAGUGGCUGCAAAAGCGUCGUCAUGGGCUCCCGUGCAGGGUCCUCUGGUGUGAAUGGCUCAAGCCGAGUUGGAGGUCAUGGAACUGAGGAAGAAAACCACAACACUGAGACACACGCCUCGUGUUUAAAGGCAGUAAGACAUCGACUGGGAAGUGCAGAUCCAGCUGGACAGGGAAGGUCAAGCAGUGCCGAGCACCUGAUGAGACCAGCCUUGCCGGGGAGGAAAUCACACAAAAAGACCUUCGGUGAUGUCAACAGAGGGAGGUGGAAAGAGGGCAACCAAGAAACUGAUGAGGAAAGAAACAAUGUUGAACACGUAGAAAGCAGGGACAGAGGAAAACAACGGCAGAGAAAGACUGAAAGAGCUGAGACACAUGGAGAUGGAGCCCAGGAAAGACAAGGAACAGGAAGCCCUGAAAGUUUGUCCAGAAGUAAUUCUUGGGAAGUGCGAGAAGGAUCCAACAAUUUGCCGAGAGGACACACAUGUCCCCGACCUCUUAGUAUUGGCUACUCCCAGACCAACACCAUCAGUUUAAAUGCUCAAUCCCCUCGGCCCGCACUGAGGUCCAUGUCUUCUCAGCCCACCAUCCAAUCCAGAUCCACACGCCUGUCACCCCAGGGGCGACCUGCAGGCGACCUACACCGCUUCCCAUUUAGUUCAUCCAGCAAUCUGGAUCCAUUCUGGGUGGAGGUGAGAACAGGGGGAGCAACUGGAAGAUCAGGGCCAAGCCAUCAUGGCUCAGAGUUAGGAGCAGAGGAGGAGGGGGAAGUCGACGGCGAAGAAGAAGAGGAGGAGGAGGAGGAGGAGGAAGACGUGGAAAAUGCAGAGGAAGAAGGCAGUGGUGUGAUGGAGGUGAUGGGUCGAACCAUGACCCCGGCAGCGGUGCCCCCCUGUGUCUCUACUGCAGAGAGGAGGAUGAGCAAGAGAGAGAAGAACAGGAUUAAGUGUCUGAGGAGGAGGCAGCGGAGAAGGGAGCGGUGGAGACAGAGUCAACUGCAGGAGAGCACACAGAGCUCGACAGGAAACCCAUCCAGCAGCAGCAGUGAGGAUGAGGAGGACAUGAGCGCCGGGGACAGGGAAGGUUACAUCUGCGCCGUGUGUUUGGAUGUGUACUUCAGCCCUUACAUGUGCCACCCCUGCAACCACAUCUUCUGUGAGCCCUGUCUGAGGACGCUGGCUAAGAGCAGCCCGACCAACACCCCCUGCCCCCUCUGCAGAACAAUCAUCACGCACGUCUUCUUCCAGAAGGAGCUGAACCAAACAGCAAGAACAUUCUUCCCAAAGGAAUACCUGUCCAGGAAACAAAAUUUUCAGAAAGCGAGUUGUGCAAAGUGGCCUCUCCCGAGCUGCAGAAAACUCUUCCGUAUCUUUGGAGGUUUCCAGAGGCCGUCCAGUCCCAUUGCCAGACGCCAGUUCCCCCAUGGAGGAGGCUACCGUCUGGACGCCAUGGACUUUGAGGACGACUCUCGAGGCUGGCGCUUUGACAUGGACUUGGUCAUCGUCUACAUCUACUCAGUCAACUGGGUUAUCGGCUUCUUCAUAUUCUGCUUCCUUUGCUACCUCUUCUUCCCUUCUUUUUGA